AUGUAUCAUACACAAAGUUCUGGCCGUCUUUCAAAAAUAGGAGUAAGCAGUAAAUUCCAAUCUUUGUCUAAUUACAUUUUUUUCCCCUCCCAACAAUUAAUAUACAAAGAAGAAAUUUCUAUGUGGAAUCACACACGGGUCUCCAAGUUCAUUCUCCUGGGCAUCACAGAUCAAAAAGAACUGCAACUGCCCCUCUUUGUGUUGUUCCUACUGGUGUACAUUAUCACCACUGGUUAAUGUACACUGGUGGGGAAUCUAGGAAUGAUCGUGCUAAUCAAGACAGAUUCUCGACUCCACAUUCCCAUGUAUUUUUUUCUCAGUAAUUUGGCAUUUAUAGACGUCAACUAUUCUUCCAGCAUUACGCCCAAUAUGUUGGUGGCUCUCUUAACAGAAAGGAAAAGCAUUGGAUUUGCUGCCUGCGCCAUUCAAAUGUUUGUGUUUGUUGUAUGUGGAAGCACUGAAUGUCUUCUUCUGGCUGUGAUGGCCUUUGAUUGGUAUGUGGCUAUUUGUCACCCUCUGCGUUAUUCAGUGAUCAUGUCAGGAAAAAUCUGUGUCUGGCUGGCAGCUAUUUCGUAUUUCCUUGGCAUUUUCUAUGCAGUUUUACACACCACAUUCAGUUUUUCUUUAUCUUUUUGUGGACCAAACAUGAUCAAUCAUUACUACUGUGAUAUCCCCCCACUCUUAAAGCUUUCUUGCUCUGAUACUCACACCAAUGAGACCGUAAUAUUUGCACAAGUGAGUAUAAACUGUGUAGGCACCACAGUAAUCAUCUUUUUCUCGUAUGCCUCUAUCUUAACCACCAUUUUAAAGAUCCGUUCUACACAGAGCAGACGCAAGGCCUUUUCUACCUGUUCUUCUCACCUGAUUGUUGUCAGCUUAUUCUAUGGGACGAUCUUCUUUAUGUAUUUACGGCCCACCUCCACAUAUUCCUUGGAACAAGACAAAAUGGCAUCUUUGUUCUAUACAGUGGUAAUUCCCAUGUUGAAUCCUCUCAUCUACAGCCUGAGGAACAAAGAAGUGAAGGAGGCAUUUUGGAGAAUCUUUAGGAAGACAGCAUGA